CAUUAUCUUGUCGAAGAAGAAAAAGGAAGAUUAUUUUCAAUCCCAGAAAGUAAGAAAACGACUACAUCCGAAUAAAAUGUAAACAAGUUAAAGCCACCGUUGACACAAAACCAACUGACAAACAAAAAAAAUGAAUUCCGAUGGGGAUUCCGGCGCUAUCCCCCCACCAUCAACGACAGACGAUUCAUCAUCAGUCCUUCUAAUCCCCGGCCUCCCAAACGAAGUAUCUAGAACAAUCCUCUCAAAAAUACCCUACGCUCAUCACGCUCGUCUCAAAUCAACUUCCAAAUCAUGGAAAUCCGCACUUUCAUCAAAAUCAUUUCUCAACGCACUAUUAACUCAUAAUCACAACAACCUAAUUUGUAUCUUCCCUCAACAUCCUUCUAUCGCUACACCUUAUCUCUUCGACGUUAACGCCGUUGCUUGGUGUCCACUUCCUCCCAUGCCAUGUAACCCUCACGUUUACGGUUUAUGUAACUUCGCCGCCGUUCCGUUUGGUCCUCACGUUUACAUAAUCGGUGGUUCCCUUUUCGAUACUCGCUCUUUCCCUAUUAAUCGUCCUUCUUCGUCUUCGUCGAUGUUCCGUUUCAAUAUCCGUGAUUUCUCUUGGGAGAAUCGCGCUUCGAUGAUUUCGCCUCGUGGAAGUUUUGCCUAUGCCGCGAUUAGUUCCUCCGGGGAAAUUGUUGUUGCCGGAGGUGGAUCACGGCAUACGGUUUUCGGUGCUGCUGGAUCUAGGAUUCGGUUGGUUGAGAAAUACGAUGUUGUGGAGGAUCGGUGGGAGGAGAUGGAGGCUCUUCCGUGUUUUAGGGCUGGGUGUGUUGGGUUUGUGGAGAGGGGGGAGAAGGAGUUUUGGGUGGUUGGUGGUUAUAGUGCUUCGAGGACUGUUUCGAGGGUUUUUCCGGUGGAUGAGUAUUGUAGAGAUGCGGUGGUGAUGGGAUUGGAGGAUGGUGUGUGGCGUGAGGUUGGGGAUAUGUGGGGUGAUGGAGAGAAUGUUAGGGCUGGGAAGAUUGUUGUUGGUGAUGAUGGUGGUUCUCCUUUAGUUUUCAUGCUUGAUAUGAAUGAGAUUUUAAGAUAUGACAUAUCUUCAAAUUGUUGGCUAUACGAGUCUCGUGUGCCAAAAAAAGCUCCCCGUGGUUCGCUCUUUGGUAUUGUAGUAGUAGCUGGUGAGCUGUAUGUGUUGACACAUUUAUAUGAUGAUGAUUUCACAGAAAGUCGAAGGCCCAGGCACUAUAAGAAGACAGGAACUAUGUGCUUUCAAAUCUAUAAUCCGAAAAAGAAGGCAUGGAGAACAUUGGUCACAAAGUCACCUUUCACUUGCCAUGUAGAUAUUAAUAGUGCUGUAUUGAGCUCAAUUUGUCUGUGAAUUGUGUGGUACAUUUUAUUUGUAUAGUUUAGGCAUCAUUGCCAAAAUUUAUGUGCAUCACAUCAUUUGACCACCGGGUUCCAUGCAGGUGGUGGCUUAUUGUAUAGUUCAUUUUGUAUUAGCUGAUACCCUAUAAAUUUGCAUAUUGAUCAGCUAUUACUAAAGUGUGUUAAACCUGAAGUAUUGAAUAUAUUAUAAUGGAUAAAGAAAUAAUUGUGACUUGCAAA